AUGGCUGCACAGCGAUUGGUAGGUACGGCUUUUGGCACAAGAUCUUUCAUUGAUCCUUGCAAGAAGGUCUAUGGAGAAUUGGCUAGCACAUUUUCAACUGAAGAAGAGAUACGAGACAACUGUGUUGUUGCUUUCACAACAGUUGGUGAUGCUGUCUACGCCUUAACAGAAACUCCUUAUUUAGCCAGGAUUGACAUUGAUUCGCUUGAUUAUAAAGACAAAGUUGACAUUCGUGACCAUUUGAAAAUCGUCCUCCAUACCUUCACGGCUCAUAGCCACACUGAUCCUGAAGGAAACAUUCUUAACAUCGGAAGCCAAUUUGGAUCCAAGUCGAACUACAUAUUUGCGAAGACAAAAAAUCCGUUGAAGAUCGAAGGAGCGAAAAGUCCGUACAGCUUGGAAUAUACAGAGCUGCUAGGUAUGGUCCCAGCUACGGAUGCUCUGGCUCCAGCUUACUACCACUCAUUUGGAGUAACGGAAAAUUACUUCAUACUUUUCGAAUCUCCUGAGAGAAUUGAUAUAAUGAAGAAGGCACAGAAGGAGGAAGGAGAACCGCAGAAAUGCAUCAACGAAUGCAUGUACUGGGACGGAAAAGCCAAA